ACCUAUAUGAAUACUAUUUUAAACUAGCACGGCCGAAAAGCAUUAGAUACACUGAAUAAUUCAAAUUGAUGAUACCCAUGGGUUCAUUGUAAUUUGCUGUUAUGUCACCUUGUAUCAUAUGAUUACACUCUAUUUACUCUUGCUAAGAUAACAAAGUUAAAUAAAUCUGUUAACAGACUCCAUUGUUACAAUCUCCAGCAACGAACAAGAACGUAAAUAAUUUAAUCGCAAUAAACACAAUCAAGUGGAACAAUGGACACUAAAAGCAUCUACGUGCUAGGAAGGAGGGUGAUCGACAUGUUUUACAGCAAAGGGUUCUCUGAUGUUAAUAUCCAGUUCGAAACGGGACCCGCCAAAGGUGACGGGAUUCAUGGUGAGAUAUUUCACGCCACCAUCAACGCUGUCAACAAAGAUGGAGCCCCUCAGGUAUUCGAAACGGUUAUCAAGUGCGCUCCUACGAACCUGGCAGUUCGCAAGUCUAUGCCAAUCAGAAACUUCUAUUUUAGAGAAGCUUUGUAUUACAACAAAAUUGUCCCAAUAUACGACAAUUUGCAGGAUCAAUUCGAGUUAUGUGUGCCGCCGGAAAUGAGAUGCUUUCUCCCGAAAUGUUAUGGAGUAUGCGACGACUUCAGACAGGAAAUGUUCGUUCUCGAAGACCUCACUAAGAAAGGAUUCUGUGUCGCACUCAUAAAGAGUGUGGACUACGAUCAUGCAGUAAUCAUGCUCCAAACUGUAGCGAAGUUGCACGCUCUGUCCUUUAUAUACGAGCAGCGCUAUCCGAAAAGAUUUAAAGAAAUGGCGAACCAAAUAAGUCGCACCUCGCUUGAUCCUUUACAUGACGAAGAAUUCACUUACAUAUACUUACACCAACAUGGAGAAAAGGCUAUGAAAGCAUUCUUAAAUGCCAUUACAGAAGAAUCAUUACGGAAACGAUUUGAGACAGUCUCAGGAACAAAUUCGUGUGAUAAACAUAUUGAAACUUUGAAAGACGGAAAUAUUAUGGUUAUUUUACACGGUGAUAAUUGGCAUAAUAACCACAUGUUCAAAUAUAAAAACGGCAAGCCAAUAGAAGGAAUACCAAUCGACUUCCAGUGGGCACGAUACGGUUCGAUAGCUUACGAUUUUAUGUAUCUGUUCUUAUCGGAUACCGGGAAUUUGCGAAGAAACCAUUUCCACCAGCUGGUAGACGUAUACUAUGCAGAACUCAAAGGCUUUCUGACGCUCUGUGGGUACGAUGUCAACAAGUUCUGUUCCUACGAACAAUUCAACGAGGAACUGAAGUGUAUGGUGUUGACAAGCAUUCUCGCAUUCAUGACGGCUGCACCAUUAUUCAAAAAUCCUGAGUUGACUUUACAAGAAAAGCUCUCUUCCCCUGAAACAUAUGUUGUGACAGAAGAAUACAAACAAACUGUCAACGACAUGGUCGCUGAUUGGGCAAAUUUGGGAUUUUUUUAAUUAUCUUGCGACUAAUUAAUCACGUUUGUGAGCAUUUUCAGAAUUUUUGGGUCCCCCCAAUUAGCGUAAGUUGUUAACAAAAAUCAACUCGCUGUCAGUUUUGUGACGACAAUUAAGCACAAAAUCUGUCUCAACAUUUACUUUUUUCACA